AUGAGCAAAACCUUUCCUGGUAUACCUACGGACUUAUUCACAUCAGAAUCAGACAGUGAUGGAAGCAAUAAGGAAGAAAACCUAAAUAGUAAAUUUUUAGGUUACCAAAAUGAUGCAUUUGCCGCAUUAUCUGAUAAAAGUAAAUAUAUGAUCAAUUUUGGAUGUUUAUCGCGUAGUAGUCGUGCCGAUAAGAUGCCUGAAAGUAAUCUCAGUUCCCUUGUCAAUGAUUGUCGCACUAAUUUAACGAAUUGUAAGUCUGAUGCAGCGGAAAACACGGCACGAAAUGUUUGUUACAGUAUAUUUUCCUCCUCCAGUUCUUCACCAGUAGACUCUCCUGCGCCCUCACAUUUUCCACAUUCCACUCCUCUUCUUAAUGCAAAAAAUCAAGUUAAACAAAAGGAGUCAUCCCCAUUACGUUGGCAUUUUCGUAACCUCUCCUUACGCACUUUUUCGGAAGACUGCGAUGAUGAUGAUGAAUGCUUGAAGCCUUCGUCUCCUGUUUCGAAAAUAGAUAAAAAGCUUAUCAAAGGGGAUAAUGAGCCGGAACCUAUUAAGUUCUCUAAUAAUGGCGUUGCCGAAACAGGCUUCGAUUCCGAUUCUUUCGAAGCCCUCAUGGCACGUCUUCGUGGUGUUUCACCAGCUUCUCCCAAGAAACCCAAACCAGGGUAUGGAGAUUCCUCUUUUAUUGUUUCUGAUUCCGUCUCAUCUGGGUCGGAAUCAAGUGAAGAUCUCAAUUUCUAUCGUCGAUUGGAAAAUCAAAACCUGAAGAAGUCACUAAAGAAAGUUAUGAAGGUUAGACGACGAGUCCGAGUGGAAUCAAGUUCAUCUGAAAGUAGUAUAGAACAGAAGGUGGAGGAAGAAGAAGAAGAAGAGGAAUCGACGGGGAUCACAAAAACAGAUACCUCCGAAUACGAGGAAUCGAGUCACGGACCAGAAAUAGGUGAAGCACCUCCUCCUAAUCCUCUCCAACCUCACCGAACGAAGGGGUCACAGCAGCCAAAAACUGCAACCAAAAAUCUUCUUAAGGAGAUUGGAAAUGAGCGUCAAGGGGAUGAUGUCUAUUCAACACUGCCUUUUAUUUAUUCCCUCGAUUCUGUUGAGAAACCUUCAUCAAGUAAAUUUCGUCGACGACGUCAUCCAAGUGCUGAAAGAUUCGUGAAGAACUUCAAGAAGAAUCGCGAAGAAUUGGCCAAUCGUCUCUAUUCAUUUUAUAAUGAAAUUGUCUUUGAUAAUAAGCUUCCCAGAGAUUUGAAGGUGCAAUGGAAUGAACGCCUUCUUAAAACUGCCGGUCAAUGUAUAUACAUGAAGCGAAAAGUCAAGAAGCCGGAUGGCACUUUUACUGUGAAUAAUGAAGUUAAAAUCGAGCUGUCGGGAAAGGUUUGUACAUCAGCUGAACGCGUUCGAGACACUCUUCUUCACGAAGCUUGUCACGCUGCAGUCUGGAUGGUCCAUGGAGUGAACGACACUCACGGUCGUCUUUGGCGUGCCUUCGUUCAGCGAGCUAAUAGCACAUUUCCUGGCAUUCCACCUAUCACUGUUCGUCACACUUACGCCAUAGAAGCUCGCUACACCUAUCGUUGCACGGGUUGUUUCGCCACCAUCAAUCGACAUUCCAAGUCCCUGGAUACUCAACGCAAAAUCUGCAGGCAUUGCAAGUCUCGAUUUCAACUUUUUGUCAACAAGAAUGGGAAAAUGAUACCUGUCGAGACGUCACAAACGUCACAGUCUUCAUCACAACCUGGUGUUCAAAUGACACCACGUUCUAAACCCCUCUUUGCAGAGUUCGUGAAGGAACACUAUAAAGAAAUACGUGACAUGUUGAGACAUUCGCAGUUCCUUUGGAGGCGACCCAGUGCAUUUUUCUCCUCCUCAGCCUUAGUGCGUGGGCUGUCAUGUGAGUCGUCAGGUACAAGCGAGGGGAAAUGUUGUGGCGGAAAUGGAUCUACUCAUAAUAAGAAAGAUGAAAUUGUGAGCGAAUUCAAGAAAAAGAUAAGCUAUGGACCGAGUUUGGGAGAUUUUGUCAAAUUGGAUGUGUCUAUGGGAGCCCCAAUUCCCGGUGGUUGUAUUACACAGAUUGACCAGUCUCCUAAUGGGAGGCUUCGUCUUCCUCCCUGGUUGAAGGUGGGGAUCGCACAAGGCGAGAAAGUCUCCAAGAUGGCUGGAGACCUUCGAGGAUUAAAGCUGCAUACAGUAUGCGAGGAAGCGCGCUGUCCAAAUCGAAGUGAAUGCUGGAAAGGCGGUGAUGAAGGUGGUGUGCCAACAGCAACUAUCAUGAUAAUGGGCGACACUUGUACCCGAGCAUGUCGUUUUUGUUCCGUGAAAACAUCGCGAAGCCCACCUCCACUGGAUCCCGAGGAGCCAAAGAAUACCGCUGAGGCCGUGAGCAAGUGGAACGUCGACUAUAUUGUCAUCACCUCCGUUGAUAGAGAUGAUAUGCUCGAUGGUGGUGCUGCACAUUUUGCUGAAACUGUGCAUCAGAUCAAAACAAAAAUUCCUUCCAUCCUCGUCGAGUGCCUUAUGCCUGAUUUCCAGGGUCUCAAGACCUCCAUCGAAACCAUGGUUGACAGUGGUUUAGACGUCUACGCUCACAACAUUGAGACAGUAGAUUCACUUACCAAGAGUAUUGAUUACCUUCCAUUCCACUCUCUUUCUAGAUCAGUUCGUGACCCCAAAGCGUCCUAUCUUCAGUCCCUAUCAGUUCUAGAGUAUGCAAAAGAGUACGAUUCCCGACGCAACAGCAAUGAGCAUAUUGUGACUAAGUCAAGUAUCAUGUUGGGUCUGGGGGAGACUGAUGAGGAGAUUCGUACAACCCUUUCUGAUCUCCGUCAAGCUGGAGUGGAUUGUGUAACUCUGGGACAGUACAUUCAACCGACAAGGCGACAUUUAAAGGUUAAGGAAUACGUCCACCCGGACAAAUUUGUAGAGUGGGAGGAAGUAGCCAAGUCAAUGGGUUUCCUGUCGGUUGCAAGCGGUCCCCUAGUGCGUUCCUCUUACAAAGCAGGCGAAUAUUAUAUAAAGAACAUUGUCAAGAACAGGAGGACAGCGAGUCGUGCGUGA